GGGAGUCCAGGGGGUCAAUCAGGGCACAGGGAAAAGGGGCAGUUGGAAGGGGUGGAGGUUCUGGGGUGUGUGUCCGGGGAUGAGAAACAGAGGGGGUUUCACAGUAGAAUUCUCGGGAGCAACAGACACUUUUGCCAGAGCUUCCAAAGGUGGCUGGAAAACAGUAGAGAUAGGCCCAAGCUGCAAAAAUCAGAUCCAGGUUUGGAUUUCAACACCACAAAACUCAGGCAUGUUCAGCUUUAGGGGGUUUGUUUAGACCACUACAAAGCUAGGAGUUAUUUGCAAAAUUCAGAUGAAAGCUGGGAUAUGAAUCAUCCCUGGAGUAUUUGGCUCUGGGUGUGUCUUGAAACAGAUUUUGUUAUAUAAGGCUCUGGUUUAGACAUAUGUGUAGAACAGCUUCAAUGGGAUCCCAUAACAGCUUUAUGGUAACCCCUUACACAAGCCAGUUGAGGGCUAAGAGAGUCGAUUAGUUUAAAAGUCUAGUUUAAAAAUAUACAUCAUGGGGGGGAAAUUACUUUCAAAUUUCAACUGCAAUUCAUAACUGUGCUAGAUACUGAAAAUCAUAGACUGAAACAUUGGAAUUAUGGUUUAUUACAAUGAUCUAUAACCCUCUUAAACCGUUCCUCCUCACCCCCAAUUUCCCCCUGAUUAUGGAGAUUUAUUAAUAAGCCACUUCACUUUGAAUGAUCCCUUGAAAUAUGUGUUAACUACUUUUGCUAAAUAAUUCUUCCACCUCCUCUUUAGCUGUGACAUUACAUUUCCCAGACCUGAAGAAGAACUCUGUGUAAGCUCAAAAGCACAUCUCUGUCACCAACAGAAGUUGAUCCAAUAAAAGAUCUUACUUCUCCCACUUUGUGUCUCUAAAUUCAGCUGACACAUCCAUGAAAGAUGGACAAGAACGGUUUGAAAAUGCACUGCGGUAUACACAGGAGUCUCUCUUACUAUCGUGCUUUAGUCAAAUCCUUCACAGAGAGAAGUUAUUUGUGUCUUUGUCAGAGAGAACAUAGAGCCAAAUUUACAUAAGUGGGCACAGCCAAGUCAAUGGAAGUUACACAAGGGUUGGAUUUGACCUAUGGCCUUGAAACUAAUGAGCCAGGUCCCAUACCAGGCAUACUGCAGAUUAUUUGGAGUGGGUGUUGGAGACAACCAAUGAGAGCAAUUGGGGAGAGCAUGACUAGAAUGUUAUGUUUUUCAUAAUAGCUGUUCUCACCAGUAGGAUUGGGGUGGAGUUUGCUGAGAAAGCACAGAAAUAAAUGCUGAAACACAGCAUUGGGAGAGUGCACACAGCUUGGAGAAAGGAACGGGAACAUAACAGCUAGAGGGGGAGAAGGACAAUAGGGCAUAGACUUCAAAAUCUCAAGAGAGAUGAUCAAGUCCUUCAAACAGACAUUUUUGUCACUGGAGCUGCAGUCACCCAGGUGGAACUCAGCAGAGAUCGCGGUGCAAGAUUAUGAGCUGCGUCACUAUGAGAUGGCAAAAUGGGCUAGCACAGUAAUUAAAGGAGAGACACAAAAGGAGGCACUGCACCAGGGCUUCUGGAAACUCUUCUACUACAUUCAGGGGAAGAAUGAGAAAGAGGUGAAGAUUGAGAUGACUGUGCCAGUGACGUGCCUGGUGAAAUCGGGUUGCCCAGACUUCAAGGUCUCAUUCUUUGUGCCAUUCGAGCAUCAAGACUCCCCGCCACAGCCCACAGAUCCAGAUGUCUUCAUCGAGGAGCGGAAGGGAGAGGCCAUCUUUGUCAGGUCCUUUGGUGGGUUUGCCUCUCCAGAGAAGUAUGCUGAGGAAGCCCAGGCACUGGCCAGAAUCCUAAAGAAUGUGGGUCAGUCAUUCCAUGAAGACUUCUAUUAUACUGCUGGCUAUGACAGUCCCUUCAAGCUCUUCAAUAGGCACAAUGAAGUGUGGUAUUUCAAGAAGUAAUACGGGAGCAUUGGAUGAAGACAGACCUUGCUUGUGCCUUUGGCUUCCAUGACUUUGGAUGUACUGAAGAGAAACUUUACUCAUAUAGACUUUUGUGUAUGUGCUAGCCAGUGUGCAGAGGCCUCCCCGUUCCAUUUUACCUAAACUAUAGAUCAGACACUGGCUUCAAAAACCUGUGUCCCAAAUUUCUGUGCUCCUUAACAAAUCUUCAAGUACAAAAUGCAGAAGGCUGCCUCUGUUUUGAUCAAUUUUAGAGUCUGUUCAGACCUGCUGCUCUCUCAGGAGUAGCAAGUGUGACUCCAAAUCCAUUAAACACAGAGAACAGCCAUGAUGUGAAAGUGUACAAAGUGAUUUAGGAGCUUCUGAAAAAGGUAGAAAAAGUCCUCUAAAAGCUGCUGCUCCAACUGCUAUAAUGUGGGAAGGCAAGGCUAUGGUGGUGGACAAAGGCUAGUGCCUUGUCAAUAAGGUGUGAUGCCACUUUCUUCCAAGUGUAGUCACUGUUAUGGAUGCCUGUUUCUACCAACCAAGGCUUGUUUUAUCCUGUCCUCAGCAGUGGGGCAUCUAUUUUUGGAGCUGUCCAACAGCAGUUGUUAAACCCUGUUAUUUUCAGAGCAGUGACCCAGGCAGGUGGAUGCACAUUGGAGGAAGUGACUGGUGGUUGGAAGCUACUGGUGCUAGCAUUAAAUGUACCAGCUUGUACCACUUGUUACCUUUCAGGCUGAAGAUGAUUAACCCUAUUUGCACUUAUUAUAAAACAGGUGUUCAAUACCAUACUUUCAGUGUAAAUGAAUCACUCUAGAUGAGGAACUACUGAGAUUUUACAGGUGCCAAAUCUUUCAUUUACACACUAGCCUCUUAAUGACUUUUUCUCUUUAUAAAAUAGUAUGGUGUGGACCUUUUGAAUGUUAUCAGCUGCUGUAUUUUAAUAGUAAGGAUGGCUUUUGUAGAGCGACUUAACCUGUGCAAUUAUAUUUAGAAGCAACAAAUAAUUAAAUGCCUUUUGAUCCUGGGCUGUUUUAUAUGUGAACAGGUGCUGUCAGAAACCACCAGAGGCCAGGGGUGCUGGAAUAAUUUUUAUAGUGGGGGUGGUGAGAGACAGUGAACCAAACAGUAAAUCGCCUGUGGGAUGGAAACCACUUCAAGUAAGGGGCUGUGAAAGCACCAAUGCCUGGCAAAGAUCUAUUGAAGAUAUGCUGCAUCUCUGCCAGGGCUUGUUGUAAAGCUUCACUCUUGAGGACUGUCAAUUUGCAGCAGCCAGGGGGCCUUAGCUAGAGACUUGAUCAAUAUUAUAGUAGCAGCUGAAUCUGCAAAUCAGGGCUCUAUUGUGCUAGGUAUUGUACAGAGGUCUAUGCCAAGGAGUGCUUCAACCAAAUCAAUUUGUCCACAUUAAUCAGUUCAAUUUUGCUUUAGGCCAUAGACAUUCUUAACUCAAUUCAGAUCCACUGCUUUUUCUCACUAAGGGUGGGAUGUGAAUAGCGGUACCAACUUCUCUGCUAAUCACCUCAGGUUCACUGCUAUGCCUCUCUAUCCCUGUAAUAGCAGUGCUAGUGAGGACACCAGCAGCAUAUACAUUUACCAAUUGCAGCACACAGCUGGAAGCUUGAUGUGGAAUGUAACUUUUAAAAAGGUACCCAAAUAGUACAUAUACUCAGGGGUGGCUCCAGGCACCAGCACGCCAAGCGCGUGCCUGGGGCGGCAAGCCACCGGGUGGGCACUCUGCCGGUGGCUGGCAUGCCAGCGGAGGGUCUGCUGGUCCUGUGGCUUCAGCGGACCUCCUGCCGAAUCCAGGGGAUGGGGACCUCCAGCAAGCCGCCAAAGGCAGCCUGCCGUGCUUGGGGUGGCAGAAUACCUAGAGCUGCCCCUGCAUAUGCUGCUACUGAAGUGAGUCAAGCAUAUCUGUACUUUACCCCCACACAUCCACCAAAAGCAUGCACCUGAAGUUCUUUAGCCACAGUUAGGUUACACUCAAAUGAAACACCACAGGAGUUCAGCACAAAGCCACCAGCUCACUGCUUUGAGAGCAUAAGAGCCUCUGUGGCAGAAAACUGAACUAGGCCAGGCAGUAAACUCAUGUUCAGCUAUUCAGAGUCCAGUUAGAUGAGAAGGGUAUUUCAACUCAGUGGUUCUAGGACUAUUCCUUGAGUCUUAGCAACUUUAGGGCAGGAGCUAAGUGUUUAAAGCUUAAGCCUAUUUCCUUUUCAGUCUUUUUCUUUCUGUACUCCAAGUGCUGUACUAAAUUGUAUGGAAAUGUAAAUAACCUAUCAGUUCCAGACUGACAGAGAGUCUACAGGGUUAGAUCUAAAGAGUUUUAAGUUCAGGGUACAUUCUAUUUUAAGGAAAACCCACACUGAGACCUAUUUCACAUUAGAGUGUCAAAUUUAGCUGUGUUAGGUGGAUUUAAAAAUGAAUGCAUCCACAUAGCAAACCCCAUUCUGUUGACCUAAAGGACUCUGAAAAUUGACUUCUGUACUCCUCCCCAGCAAGGGGAGUAUCGCUAAAAUAACUUUACUGGGUUGAACGGUAUUGGCCUUCAGGAGCUAUUCCAUAUUGUUCCUUCGUGACUACUCUAGAGAGCACUUUGAACUCCAAUGCACUAGCCAGGUACACAGGAAAAGCCCCAGGAACUUAAUUUCAUUUCCUGUUUUGUCACCAUGGCAAACUCAGCAGCACAGGUGACCAUGCAGUCCCCCCAGAAUCAGAGUGUAGAAUAUUUCUACGCUCCCAUCAUCUGUCCCUAAUGUUAUCAGAUUAGAAGGCAAAGACACACACACACACCCACUCACUAAGACAGGGGUCAGCAACCUUUCAGAAAUGCUGUGCCCAUUCAUUUAUUAACUGAUUUAAUGUUGUGAGGGAACAUAACCACCCCCCCCCAUCUCAUUGGAUUGAGCUUUGCAACUGUUUAUAUGGGAUCUUGUCUUGCCACCAAAGCCUUUUGGGAGGUUGCUGUCACUGGUCAGAUGUUGUAUCAGGGCCCUGAUUGAAAUAGUAAUCUGUCAGUCCCUCUGCAGAGCCCUGCCAUUAAUAUAAGCAUCUGUGAUUUUAAUAUAUAAUAUUGUAACAAUUAUAUGCUUUUACCUUUAUUAGUUUACACGCCCAUGCGAGCUAAAUAAAAGCCAUGGUUUUAGUUCUCAAAGAAAACUUGUUUAUCUGCAUACUGUGGCAUUGGGUGUGGAUAAACUAGAUUGAGAAAGUGGGGUAUGAAACACUAACAAAAGAGGAACUAGGAGGGGGACAAGGGGUCACUUGAGUGCCAGCUGCUUUAAGCAAAAUUAGUAUAAUUAUUGCUUGCUUACAGUAACUGCAAGGUGGAGUUACAAAAUGACCAGCUCACCCACUGCCGAAACGCAUAAGUGUGGAAAUGGCUUGCUCAGUUAUAGAAUUACUAUCUCACCCACUGCCAAAAUUCAUGAUAGGUGUUGAAAUAGCUUGCUCAAUUAUAUUUUAUGCUAAAGUAAAACAUUAGUUUUAACAUACUGUGUUAAGCAAUAUAGCCCAAAUAUAAAUUGUGACAUUUUGCAGUUUUAACCUUUAUAAGCUUGGUGAAAAUUGUAAAGGGCAGAGCAGCCUACCCCUUGCAUGGGGUUAUGCUGUC